CGACAAGCAGGUCUCUCUUAGAGCCAGACAGGCGCUGCUGCAUGGCCUGCAAAGACGCCUUUUCUAUUUAAAGGCUCCUUCAGUUACGCCAGGACGGCCCGGGGGGGCCGUGGCACCCGAGGCACCGCGGUACCGCCCCCGGGGCCGCGUCACGGGCGGCCGGCGCUGCACGGCACGGCACGGCACGGCGCGGCUCGGCACGGCACUGCCGGCAGUCGCGCCAUGCACUCCCUCGCCCAGGAGAUCCGCAGCUUCUCCAGGGCCAACCUGCGCAAGCAGCGCACCCGCGUCACCACGCUGACCGGCCGCAGGAUCGUCGAGACGUGGCGCGGCGCCUGCCUGCACAUGGAGGAGGAGGAGGAGGCGGCGCCCGGCGGCGGCUUCGUGCAGGACCUGAGCGCUGACCUGCAGGUCGGCGUGGUGAAGCCCUGGCUGCUGCUGGGGUCGCAGGAUGCUGCUCACGACCUGGAGACGAUGAGGAAGCACAAGGUCACUCAUGUUUUAAAUGUGGCAUAUGGAGUCCAAAAUGCCUUUCUUGAUGACUUUAUAUACAAGACCAUUUCCAUUCUGGACCUCCCAGAAACUGAUAUUACCUCCUAUUUCCCUGAAUGUUUUGAGUUUAUUGAGAAAGCCAGGAUCCAGGAUGGAGUGGUGCUGGUUCACUGUAAUGCAGGAGUCUCCCGUGCAGCAGCUGUAGUCAUUGGUUUUCUCAUGAAUUCAGAAAGACUGAGCUUUGCCAGAGCCUUUUCCUUGGUGAAAAAUGCGAGGCCUGCAGCUUGUCCAAACCCUGGCUUCAUGGAGCAGCUCCACAAGUACCAAGAACAGAUUUUAAAGACAAAUGGAAGCAUAAACAAUCAUGACUGAUCCAAAGGGAGAAAUGAAAUGAUGUGUAUUGACUAUACAGGAAGAGAUAUUGGAUGUAUUUUAAUGUCAUUUUGAAAUCCCCUUUCACAUGUGCAUUUUCAAGUCUUUAUAUAUUUUUUUUCUUACCCUCCUUUGACUCUGUUUUUUCCAACAUGUCAUCAAAAGGCCAAAUGGUGUUGUACUGACUUCAGAGAAGUUUUGCCUACAACAAGAGCACUAAUAAAAAGAUACAGUUCAGUUUUCCUUGAAAUAUUAGAAAACAAUAGAAUGAUGGUUUGCUUACUGAACCAUCAGAAAAUGCAGGUAAUAGAGAAAGGAAGUAAAAUAACUGAGGUAAGUUGCUUUCUUUCCAAAUCCAUGCAUUCCUAGUUGGUUGUAAAAUCAAGAUAAUACAAUGUUCAUAUAAUGAAGUACCCUGAUUGGAUUUUAAAAUUAUAUUGCAACUAUAGAUGAUAUUACUGAAUUUUGUGGGCCAGCCAGCCAUUAUUCUUUUUUAAUUAAAACUAUGGUCUUUUGAGGAUGCUCAAAAUGCAUAGGGUGCUUUAAUGCUUUGUGUAUUUCUAUUGUUUCUCAUCUAGUAGUGAUUUGAAGUGCACUAACAUGAUGAGUCCAGGCUUGGACCUAGCAGGGGUUUUUUUCCUGUACAUCCUUUCAGUAGAGAUACAAAAAAAUGUUAAUAAUGAUUUGUCUCUGCUCAUGCUACUGGCUUUUCUUACAUCUGGUGCUGUCCCCUCACUCCAUUCCACAUCAUAUGUAAAGAACAGAUCACAGGAUGUGUAAUUUUGUCUUCCUGAGAGAUCCCAGGCUGAAAUUACUGUCUUAAUAUGCUUUUAAAAAAUAUUGACAAGAUUUUAAUAGUAUUUUGUGGCCUUCAUGCCAGCUCUUAAUGAUUUGAUAUAUUAAUAUGCAACAAAAUAAAGAGAUCACUGUGUUUGGAUAAA